AUGGCGCCAACAUCUUCUACCUCGGACACACCGAUCCACGCUCUCAUCAACUACGAAGACCCCUAUGUUCAGCCCCUAAUCCUCUCAGCACUGGAGAAGCGGUUACCCACCUCGUCGUACAAACUCGUCAAGUCUCUCCAAGAUCUCCCCUCGCCGACAACACCAUGCUUGCAAUUCGUUCAAUAUGAAUCCAUCGAUUGGGACCAGCUGAUGUCGCACUCCUCCACGUCCUUGGCCAACGCAUACAUCAUCCGCAAAGCCCUGAUCAGGAAACACUAUCUCAGCACCACCAUCGCAAAUUGGAUCACAAAGUACCCCGACAGCGUGCUGAAGAGGGGCGCAAAGCCAAGUGUGGAGUUUGAAGUCGAUUACGCGGAAUUCUUGGAUGAUGCACUUGUUGAGGCUUGGGAAUUGAAGGAGAGUUGGGCACGAAAUGAGGAGUUUGGAGAAGAUGAGAAAGAGAAAAGGGGGUGGUGGAUUCUGAAGCCGGGAAUGAGCGACAGGGGCCAGGGCAUCAGGCUUUUCUCGUCGGAAGAGGAGUUAACAGCUAUCUUCGAGGAAUGGGAUCCUGAGAGUGACGACGAGGAAGAGGGCGAAGACGCGAGAAGUGACGCAGGAAGGGAUGAGAAGAAAGACGAGGGGAAUGGAAUCAUCACAAGCCAACUCCGGCACUUUGUUGCACAGCCGUAUAUUCACCCACCACUCUUACUUGCCCCGCCAGGGGAGCCGACACAGUUGAGGAAGUUCCACAUCAGGACCUACGUUCUCGCGACCGGCGCACUGCAGGUCUUCGUCUACAAACCCAUGCUUGCACUCUUCGCCGCACAACCCUAUUCACCACCCUGGGCAUCUGACUUCGAGUCCGAGGGAGAGCGGGAAGACGCUAUGCGCGCACACCUCACAAAUACCUGUCUCCAAGAUACUGGGGACCGCGAAGGCUCAGUCGGACUAUUUUGGAACCUACCCAACGACAUCGCCUCCCAGCUAGACGCAAAGAUCAAUGCAUCACAAUCCUGGAAAGACGAAGUUUUCACCCAAAUCAAAGACAUCACGGGCCAAACUUUCGAAGCGGCGGCGAGGGGCAUGAGCAUACAUUUCCAGCCGCUGCCCAACGCGUUCGAGAUCUUCGGCUUGGACUUCAUGGUCGGCAUUGAGGAGGAUGGGAGUUUGAACACAUAUUUGCUCGAGGUCAACGCGUUUCCGGACUUUAGACAGACGGGCGAUGAGCUGAGCGGGAUGAUCGAGGGAUUGUUUGAGGGGGUUGUUGACAAGGCUAUUUCUCCGUACUUUGGGACCAAGAGAGAGGAAGAGAGCAAGACAGAUAUGGUUCAAGUACUGGAUAUUGACCUAGGGAGACGUUAG